AUAAUUAAAAAUGCCAAUAGAAACCAACAAAAAGCCGUUUUCCGUUAAAACGUAAGAAAAUAAAGCGCUUAUUAGAAGGAUGGAAUAAAUUGAUAAAAGUGCUAAUCAGAAGACGCAAUGGAAGAGUGAAAGGUGAACGCAGUGAAAGAAUAAUAAGACGAGGAGAGCACUACAGAAAAAGAAGAAACCAUAAUAAGCAAAGAAUAUUGAGGACGAGGAAGAGUUGAAAACAGAUAAGGGGGGGGAGGGUUGGGUAGUUUGUUGAAGAGGAAUCAGUCCUGUUUUCCAGAGUGUGCCUUUAUUCCAGCGUUUGCGCAUUUCGUGGAGUAAAGCGCGUCGGGCGGCGGCAGUAGUUAACGAAUCCCGCGACAGCAGUCGAUAUUCUUACGCGGACCGAUUAGCUACGAAGUUUUCUCACGCAAGUACGUUUGAACACUCAACUCAUACGCAUUCAGACAUUAGAAGAUAAUUUAUAAUUUGCCCAAAAAGACGCGUAAAGAAAACAAAACCGCGAAACGAACUAAAAGUACGAAGUAAAGAAAGCGAAAACUUCGAAUUGAGGCAAAAGAGAGAGAGAUAGUAUUAUACGUUGAUUAGCCUGAAACGUGGAACGAUAACAGAGCACUCCUCUCAGUUCGCGGUGGAAGAUUUCAAUGGUCGUCAAUUCAUGUCGAGAGCUGGUGACAUCACAGCUUUAACAAUCGCUGUCGAAGAGGUAGCAAAAGUGGCGAUAAACCAGCAUCGAUCGCGCUGACUCGUCGCAUUCUCAGCCGGGUUCUCCUGCAAGAGGUCGGGCCACGGGUAAAAGACGAGGACAGUGAUCAUCGGAGGAGCAAGAAGGAGAGAGACAAUCCGGGCAAAGAUAUCCAGUUGAAACGAGACAGAGAUAGAGAAAGAGCGUGCGCACCUACCUCUAGGAAGGAAAGUAGGGAAAAUUUGGGGUGGGAGUUAGAGGGUAGUAGCGAGCAAAAGACGGGAGCCAGUGGUGUAUUACUGCUGGACGAUAUUAGACAGCCAGGAUAGACGAAACAAAAAUACUUCAAGAUAAAUACUACUAAAUUAAAAUGGCGUGGGGAUAUUGGAGCGCAACGUCGGUCAGCGAUCGGGGUCGGUCGCCGCGUCGCGAGAAAGAUAAACAACAGCAUCAAACAUUGCAUCAGCACCAGCAACAACAGUAUCACCAAGCUGAGACGGGAAUUUCACAGGGAAUGUACGGUGUGCAGCAAGUGCAAGGUGAGCUCGCUGGCUCCUCUUCUGGCGUAUCUACAGGGCCUGGUGUCGCAGUGGAGGAACCACCCUGCAGUAUGAUGAUACAGGGUGGUUCCUUCUAUUCUUACUCCGCGGCUACAGCGGCUGCGGCUGCAGCUGCUGUUGGGCGAAGGAUUCCUGGCGUCGAAGGAGGACCCUCCACCUCGUCCACUGCUAUCCAAGUCCUGCCACGAGAUCGACCAAUUAAAUCGAGUACCAGCACCUACCCGCCGUCGCCCAGUAGCGACUCAGCGGAAUACGAACAGCCUAUUGCCGGUUUGAGAACAGAAUGUUCGCCUCAUAACAGUCCUCGUGACGAUAUAUUCGCGCAGCCUGGAACCUCCUCGUCUAGGAUUAAGUUACUCUGCGAUAAAGGCAUCGAUGAUACUUCUGAGGUUGAUAUCGAUGAGGUUACUGCAACAGAGAUGAUGUACGCGACCGCUAAUCGAGGUAUAGGGACUAGUACAUGUCGUGUUCACGGACCGUGUAAUCCUCAACCGGAUUCUGCACCGACUAUGCCAUCUUUGAUCGAUGAUACAAGCGGAUCUUCGCAGUUUUGGUUCAACGACAUCACCUGGGUUUUUCCUAAUGUGCCGCCUGCGCCAGGAAUGCCCUGUCAGGGAGAAGACAGAAGCAUCUACAGACGCGGCGCUCGUAGAUGGAGGAAGCUGUACCGAGUGAAUGGUCAUAUAUUUCAGGCGAAACGUUUCAAUCGGCGAGCGUUUUGCGCGUUCUGCCAGGAUCGGAUUUGGGGACUAGGUCGGCAGGGGUUCAAAUGUAUUCAGUGCAAGCUACUAGUGCACAAGAAAUGUCACAAGGUGGUGCGCAAACCAUGCUUGAGUGUGCAACAGCAACAACAACAGCAGAUGCCAAGCACCGAAUCGCAGACGAUCGACAGAAACGGCGAUCAACAACAGCUUGAUUCUGUUCAAUGCAGCCCAGUAGCUCAUCUAGAGGAUGAGAUACCAGAGUCGCCAAUUAUUGAGGAGCAUUCACGCAAUCGAACUGGAAGUGAAGAAAGGGAAGAAUUGCCGUUGGAUACAUUAAAUGAUGCUGAUAAUUCAAAUGAUAUGCAGAGGCAAUACUCGUUAAAUGAUUUCGAACUGAUUAGGGUAAUCGGUCGUGGUUCCUAUGCGAAAGUUUUGAUGGUUGAAUUGAAGCGUACAAAGAGGAUUUACGCGAUGAAAGUAAUUAAGAAGGCCUUAGUAACUGAUGACGAAGACAUCGAUUGGGUGCAAACGGAAAAACACGUGUUCGAAACCGCCUCGAAUCAUCCUUUCCUUGUCGGACUUCACUCAUGCUUUCAGACACCCUCUCGUCUGUUCUUCGUGAUCGAGUUUGUACGCGGUGGUGAUCUGAUGUUCCAUAUGCAACGACAACGCCGUCUUCCGGAAGAACAUGCUCGAUUUUAUGCAGCUGAAAUUAGUCUCGCUUUGAACUUUUUGCACGAAAAAGGUAUCAUAUAUAGAGAUUUGAAGUUAGACAACGUACUACUUGAUCACGAAGGGCACGUGAAAUUAACUGAUUACGGAAUGUGCAAGGAAGGCGUUAGAGAGGGUGACACAACCGCUACAUUCUGUGGCACUCCGAAUUAUAUAGCGCCUGAAAUAUUGCGGGGUGAAGAUUACAGUUUCUCUGUAGAUUGGUGGGCACUUGGUGUACUUCUGUAUGAAAUGCUUGCAGGUCGCAGCCCAUUUGAUAUCGCGGGCGCGUCAGAAAAUCCAGACCAAAAUACCGAAGAUUAUCUAUUCCAAGUUAUUUUGCAGAAAACAAUUCGUAUUCCAAGAUCGUUAUCGGUUAAAGCAGCAUCCGUGCUUAAGGGUUUCCUUUGCAAAGAUCCAAACGAAAGAUUAGGUUGUGGUAAAAGGCCAACUGCUUUUCUUGAUAUUGUUGCUCAUCCCUUCUUCAAAGCAAUAGAUUGGGAAAUGUUGGAGCAGAAACAAGUAACACCACCUUAUAAACCAAGAUUAGAUUCUGAUCGUGACCUAGCAAACUUCCCACCAGAAUUUACAGAUGAACCAGUUCAUUUAACACCGGAUGAUCCGAGAGUGAUCGACAAGAUUGAUCAAAGCGAAUUCGAAGGCUUUGAGUAUGUGAACCCAUUACUUAUGUCUUUAGAAGACUGCGUGUGACAAGAACCGCUUGUUAUUGUGCCACGUCAUACUCAAAAUCAGCAACAAUUACAGUCAUGUUACAUGUACGAAUUACAAGACAAACUUUCGAAGCUUCGAAUCGAUCCCCUAUUGAACAUCGGCUCAAGAAAUCGAGGU